GAGGAAAAGACACGUAACCGGGAGACCCGCAGACCGGGAAGAUGUUCUGUUUCGGGGUUAAAUCCGGGAGGUCGUCGGUGUCUUUACACAAGUGGGAUCAUUCGCUCUUUGCCAGCCGGACCAGAAUCCUCUCCUCCUUCUGCAGUGACGGACCUGGCUGACAGCGCCUCCUUAGAUCAGAGCCAAGACUCCUCUUCUACUUGGUCUCCUGAGCAAGGACCCCCACCUGCUCCCACCCAUUGCUGCAUGAGUGGUUGCCAUAACUGCGUUUGGAUUGAACAUGCGGAGCAGCUCCUGGCGUAUUAUCAUGAUGGAGGAGAUAGAGCGCUUGCUGCCAUAGAGGAAAAUGUUCUUGAUGAGAAUCUCAAGGCAUAUCUUAAGAUGGAGAUCAAACUGCUGAAAAAGACGUGAUGCUUUCCAUGGACUCCCACUCAUGGACUCGUGUGGUCAGAUUUUUAUUCAGUUUAUGGGCUUUAUGUAGGCUCACAAGAAAAUGUUGAAGCGUCCUUUGACGAUGAUGCAUUGUGUCUCUUUAAGUAGUGUAAUGUUUUGACUGUGGAAAGUAUCUGUUUUCUUUUCUCCAGUCAGUGUCAUAUUCCUGUAGCUUUAAUUCACAAAUGCACAUUUUUUGAAAAUCAUCUGUGUGUUGUAAUUUAGUUAUGUUCUAUUUUAAUAAGUUUCUCAGAGAUUUUCUUUCAUUAAAGUUUGUUCUAUUUAUUUUAA